UGGUGAGAAUUGUUUGAUUUCCUUGUCUUGAAACUAUGGCGUAGCACACUGUAGAGAACUGCCCCGCCGGUCUGAGGUCCGGUGGUACAGGGCAAGAUGAUAGCGAGUCGACCACUGGAGUGUCACUAGGCCCGACCCGAAUGGUGACACAAUGAAUGAAGGGGAAAUACAAUAAUAAAACCUUCAGCCUCUUUCGUCCCGUUCCUCAAAUAUAUACAUUUUCUUUCCUCUAUUUUUCCCUUUCUCGUCGAGUUUUAGAUCUUGGAGAAAUGGCGGAUUCUGCAUUGCGAUUAUUCAGUUCCCUCCUCGCCGCAGCAUCCGCAUCCGAUCCGCCAGCGCCAGCUUCCAGUGAUCUCAUACCGAGCUCGCACCGCCAAUCAACCACCCCAGCUCCUCCAAUCCGCCGCACAUCAUCCUGGGGUUCAACGUCCACGACCUCGACUGACUCGGACGAUUCACUGGAGCUGCAGGACUGGAGAUACGGGUCGAGAGAAGAGCAGGACGAGGUGAAGAGAAAGAGAAAGGAGAAUAGGAAACGCAGGGAAAAGGAGGCGGAAAAGGCGUGGAGGGAGUUUUGGGGCUAGGGAUAAAGGUUCGGGUGUACCUGAACAAAAAGCAACCACGGAAAGCUGCAGCAAAGAUCUGCUCGACUACACUGCAACUUGCCUGCGACGACGAAUUGAUCUUGAAGGCAUGUCUGCUACAGCAGCUC